AUGGAGGGUUAUUGCACUCCAACGAAUGGAGGGUUAUUGCACUCUAACGAAUGGAGGGUUAUUGCACUCCAACGAAUGGAGGGUUAUUGCACUCCAACGAAUGGAGGGUUAUUGCACUCCAACGAAUGGAGGGCAAAAUUGUGCGAGGAACAUUUUUCCUUAAGACCCGAGUUUCCGAAACAGCGGCAUCACACCUUUCUUAUUCAAUACUCCUACUCUUUCCUCGUUCUAUCGAAAACUUCCACUAGCAUUGCCCCGCUCGAUGGCAAGCAUUGGAAUCAUCUUGGGGUGAGGUUGUGUUCUUGUUUGUAUUCCACCACUUCCUACCCUGCCAUCCAAAAUCUUUCAAAAUUCCCGAAUGGACGAAGACCAAUAGGGUGGCUAUACGAUGCCAUCCUUGUGAUGAAAGUUGCCAGUACGGAUGUGCAAGUCGGAUUCGUCUCAAAUUUGCUGUCUUCUGAAUUCCCUCCAAUACUAAUUGAAACGUGGAACACCGAAAAGCUAUGCAACUUGCUCGUGCGACUACGGCGACUGCUUCUUGAAAAAGGGAGUCUGCUGUGGAAACUGGAAACUUUUGGAAUCUUGGUGAAUAGUCUAGCAUCCUCUAAACCAUCAUUAAAUUGUGUAGAAAAAGAUUUUUAUUUCUAUUCGAUGCAUCAAGUCGAUGGUGACUUCUUGGUUGAUCAAAUUGAUGGCUUUGUCCUUCCGGACAGUUGCAGCCACCUCAAAGAACUUGCGUUCCUUGCGUUAUUAACCUGUAUUUCCGGACGUUAUUCUGAUGUUCAGGAUCUUACCCGAGCUAAGUCUGCGCAAGCCCGGCAAGCACCAUUGAAAGCCAAGCGAUGGAAUGGAGGGAUUGUCGUUUCUGGAGAUGCUGUCAUUUUCUUGAAUUUCGAUUUGUCCUCUAGCCAGAGUAGUAAAUUAAAGUUCCUUGCCGUCGGCGGCAUCAGCAUAGCAACGAUGACAACAAGCUGA